AUGAUAAUUCGAGCCGUAACCAGGGCUCCUUUGGCCUGCCCUCGGGGCAUCACACAUACACAGUUUUGUCGUCCUCCUUGGCUCCCCCAGAGCCCGCGAGCUCCGAUCCGCAUCUUCCAGACGAGCGCACCGGCAAGACGCGAGCAACCGAAGAAUCCGACGACGACAAACCCUGGCGAUGGCGGCGACAAAUCCUCCGAGAAGGCAUUGAAGGCUGAGCCCGUCGUUGUGAAGGCCAAGAAGCCUGCCGCCGCCGUCGACCCUCUGGCCACGCCUGAGAAGAGCGCACAGGAACAGCGCAAGGCCGACUGGGCAAUCAUGAAGGAAAUGUCGCAGUACCUGUGGCCCAAGGACAGCAUGAGCACAAAGUUUCGCGUUGGGCUAGCCGUCUCUUUGCUUAUUGGCGCAAAGGUCCUCAACGUGCAGGUCCCAUUCUACUUCAAGAGCAUUGUCGAUUCCAUGAACAUCGACUUCGGCGCCACCGGCGGCACGGCGGCAACGAUAGCGGGAAGCAUGAUUGUGGCAUACGGUGCGACGAGGAUAGGUGCGACGGUCUUCCAGGAGCUGCGCAAUGCCGUUUUCGCCUCCGUGGCCCAGAAGGCGAUUCGCAGAGUCGCCUGCAAUGUCUUUGACCAUUUGCUGCGGCUGGAUCUCAGCUUCCACUUGUCCAAACAGACUGGCGGUCUGACGAGAGCGAUCGACCGCGGAACCAAGGGAAUCAGCUUCUUGUUGACGAGCAUGGUUUUCCAUAUCCUUCCAACGGCUCUGGAAAUCUCCAUGGUCUGCGGCAUCUUGACGUGGCAGUACGGCGCAAAGUUCGCCGCCAUCACCAUCCUCACGAUGGUCGGGUACACUGCCUUCACAAUCUGGACGACGGCGUGGAGAACAAAGUUCAGGAGGCAAGCCAACGCGGCCGACAACAAGGCAUCGACAGUUGCUGUGGACUCUCUGAUCAACUACGAGGCCGUCAAGUACUUUAACAACGAGAAAUUCGAGGUUGCGAGAUACGACCAGGCCCUGCAGGCCUACGAGAAGAGUUCCAUCAAGGUUGCCACUUCCUUGGCCUUCCUCAACAGCGGACAGAACAUCAUCUUCUCGUCAGCCUUGACUGCCAUGAUGUACUUGGCGGCGGACGGCGUUGCCCAGGGCACGCUGACCGUCGGUGACUUGGUCAUGGUCAACCAGCUGGUGUUCCAGCUGUCGGUUCCCCUCAACUUCCUCGGCUCCGUGUACCGUGAGCUACGGCAGUCCUUGCUUGAUAUGGAGACGCUUUUCAGCUUGCAAAAGGUCAACGUCUCCAUCAAGGACGCCCCCAACGCGAAGCCUCUGGCCUUGUCCAAGGGUGGUGAGAUCAGAUUCGAGGACGUUACCUUCGGCUAUCAUCCAGACCGUCCCAUCCUCCGCAACCUCUCCCUCACCAUCCCUGCUGGCAAGAAGGUUGCUGUUGUCGGCCCUAGUGGCUGCGGCAAGUCUACCCUCCUCCGCCUUCUCUUCCGUUCAUACGAUGCCCAGUCUGGCCGCAUCUUCAUCGACGACCAGGACAUCCGCCAGGUCCAGGUCGACUCUCUUCGUCGGGCUAUUGGAGUUGUCCCUCAAGACACUCCUCUCUUCAACGACACCAUUGAGCACAACAUCCGUUACGGUGACAUGUCAGCGCCCCAGGAUCGGGUCAUUGCCGCUGCUCAGCGGGCACGUAUUCACGAGAUCAUCGAGCGGUUCCCUGAUGGAUACAACACCAGGGUGGGAGAGCGUGGUAUGAUGAUAUCCGGUGGUGAGAAGCAGCGUCUGGCCGUUAGCAGACUACUCCUAAAGGAUCCUCCCUUGCUGUUCUUCGACGAAGCAACGAGCGCCCUGGACACCCAUACUGAGCAGGCGCUCAUGCUCAACAUCAACAGCAUUUUGCGUGAAAAGGCGCGCACCAGCGUUUUCGUGGCUCAUAGACUACGCACCAUCUUCGACGCGGAUCUCAUCAUCGUGCUCAAGGAGGGUAAUGUGGCCGAGAUGGGUACGCACAGAGAGCUCAUUGACCGGGGCGGGCUAUAUGCUGAGCUCUGGAGUGCCCAGGAGACGCUGUUCGAUACCGACGGCCUAGAGAGAGAGCACUCAGAAGAGGGACAGGCUGCCGCGAAACCGCCUGCAGAAAAAUAG